AUGGCCACCUCCUACCCUGAUAUUGAAUCUGAGGGUGGACUCAGGGCAAAGAAGGAGGAGGAGGAAAAAGAGCAAGAGAAGGCAGAAGCGGGGAAGUAUACAAGAGAGAGGGCUCCAAAGUCUCCUAGGACCAGGACUCCAUUGUCUCGGAGGGGCAAGGCCAGGAGUGAAGGCCCAAUGGAGGUCAAGUUAGAGCUGCACGUUCUGCAAAACAGGUGGUCUCUGUGGUUCUUCAAGAAUGACCACAGCCGGGCCUGGCAUGACAACUUGCAUUUGGUCACCAAGUUUGACACUGUGGAGGACUUUUGGGCGAUGUACAGUCACAUCAAGCUGGCUAGUAAGCUCUCUCCUGGCUGUGACUAUGCCCUGUUCAAGGAUGGCAUCGAACCCAUGUGGGAAGACAGCAGGAAUAAGCGGGGGGGCCGCUGGCUGCUCAGUCUUGCCAAGCAGCAGCACCACAGUGAGUUGGACCGUCUGUGGCUGGAGACACUGCUGUGUCUGAUUGGAGAGAGCUUUGAGGAGCACAGUAAGGAGGUGUGUGGAGCUGUCAUCAACAUCCGUACCAAGAGGGACAAGAUCGCUGUGUGGACAAGGGAGGCAGAGGACCAGGCCAGUGUGUUACACAUUGGCCAAAUAUACAAAGAGUACCUUGGCCUCUCCACGAAGACUGUCAUUGGGUACCAGGCUCACAUUGACACAGCCACCAAGAGCAACUCUUUAGCCAAGAAUAAGUUCGUGGUGUGA